AGUUCAGGUUUCUCUAGUGUUUCUCCCCUUAACGAAGAACUUUCCACACUUGGUGUCAAAUGAUUAGAACACAUAAUUCAGAACCAAUGAUGUUUGGGGUAGGUUAAGUGUCCCAUAAAUUAUCUUCAAGGUUAGGUAUCUCCCCUUGCAGAGAAUUUGGGCUAGAAAAGGUAGAUUUUUAAGAAAGACACGUCCACUAUUCUAAAAAAACUACUUGGUUGAAGAGUCAAAACAUUUGUAAGCCUUCUGUAGGAGACAUAGAAUACACAAAUGAAGUUAAUGGCUCGAGGAUCAAGUUUAGUUAGUGUAGAUGUAGGAGUAUGAACAUAAACAGUACGCCCAAAAUUUUUUAUUGCCUAGUUAGAAAAUAUUAGUAGGGAAAAACUCUUUGAAGUGAUUCAGAGGAGUUUUAAAAUUCAAAACCUUAGUUGGCAUUCAAAUUAUGAGAUAUACAGCAGUAAGGACGACAUCGCUCCACAAAUAUUUUGGUACAUGCACAAAAAACACAAGGGCACGAGCAACUUCAAGUGUCUGUUUUUUCGCAAUAAUGCCAUUUGGCAGAGGGGUAUCACGACAUGUAGCUUGAUGAAUAAUACCCUUAUAUUGCAAAAAAAUGGUUAAUUGUUCUUUAAAAUAUUCAGUACCAUUAUCUUAGUGGAGAAUGCGAAUUUUAGUUUGAAACUGGGUCUCAAUGAUAUUGUAAAACCAAACAAAAACCUCUUCUACUUCCAUUUUUUUUGUUAAAAGAUAAAGCCAAGUUAAACGAGUGUGAUCAUCGAUAAAGGUAACAAACCAACGCUUACCACUAUGAGUCAAAACUUUAGAUCGACACAACACAUCGAUAUGAAUUAAGUAAAACGGUGAGGAAGCUUUGUAAGGUUUGGGCAAAUAUGUGGAUCGGUGAUGUUUAGCAAAAUGCAACUUUGACAUUGAAAAAUUGAACUAUCAAGAUCUUUAAGUAAAUUCGGAAACAAAUACUUCAGUUUAAAGAAAUUUGGAUGCCCUAAUCUAAGAUGCCAAAGCAUUGUAGUUUCAAUAGCAAUUUAACAAAAGAAGUACAAACACUACUCAAGCCCAAGCUAUUUUAUGACUAAUUGAAACUUCAUCAAAACAAUAGAGAUCACCAAUCAUCUUAGCACGUGCAAACGUCUCCCUCGAGUCCUGAUCUUGAAAAGUACUACAAGAUUCACAAAAGACAACACUAAAGUUAGCAUCCUUAGAGAUUUUACUAACAAAUAACAAAUUCCUGGCUAAUUUUGGAACAUGAAGGACAAAAUGUAACGUAAGCUUUGUUGUCAAAGAAAUAAUUCCUUUUCCUUCGAUAGAGGUGAAAAUACCAUCAACAAUACAAAUUUUUUCAUUGCAAUAUACAAGAGAGUAUGAUUUGAAAAAGAAAGAGAGACUAUUCAUAUGGUUCCAAGCUUCGGAAUCUAUAAUCCACGGAGAGGAGUUAAGGCAAGAGAGGGCUUGAGAACAAUUACCUAAUUGUGCCCAGAAAACACUAGGAUUACUAGAUGAUGAAUUAGUUUUUAAAAGCUUCAGGAUUUGAUCAAUUUGCUCUUUGUUAAGAGGGUUGGAGUCCACAACGGUAGCAUUAAAGGCAUAUUGAUGAGAAUUCCUCUCUCCUUGUCUUGAACUUUUCCACUUUGCAGGUUUUCCAUGAAGUUUCCAACAAGUUUCACACGUAUGUCGAGGUUUAUUGCAAUAAUUGCACCAAACACGAAAAUUUUCAUGUGUCUUGUUGGAUUGGUCGGAUGCCUUCAAAGCAGUAUUUUCAGUCACAUGCAUAACUCUCAACGAAAUCAACAAGUUUUUUGCAAAUCUUAACAUUCUUGCGGCUUUCUUCAUUGCGAACAUUAGAAAAGACAUCAUUAAUUGAUGGAAGAGUAGUUUUCCCAAGUAUCUUAUCUCUAACCUCAACAAACUCAACAUUGAGGCCGACAAGGAAUUUGUAAAUACAACCAUCUUCUAUAGCUUUCAUGUAAUGUUUUUGGUCUUCUAUAGACUUCCACUCAUCUGUAUCAUAGAGAUCAAUGUCUUGUCAAAUCCUGUUCAGGGAGGAAAGUAUUGGGUAAUGAAGUUGCCUCCUUUUCGUAUAUCACCUAGUUUAAGAUUUAACUCAAAUACUUGUGAUUGGUUGCCUAAAUUAGAAUACAUUUGAGUAACACUAUCUCAUAAUUCCGUAGUUGUAGAGCAGCACAUCUAGUUACAACUGCUGUCUUCAACCUAAGAAGCACGAACACGUCGUUUUUUUAUGAAGCGUCCGUGCUGACACGUGUCUGACAUUGAUAUGCUCGAACACAUGCCUGACAUGUGUUAGGCACACUAUGACACCCUAAGACAUGCUGUAGCUUAGAAAACAGAAAAAAGGAGAGAAAUCCGGCGGCGACGGUGGUAAAUAGCGACCACCGGUGGAACGCGGCUAAACAUGGCGGAACAUGGGGACGAUGGCUCAGACUUGACUAGUUGGUAAAAAGAAAAAAAAACCCUAGCAGGACCUGCAAAAAAAAGGAGCAAAACAAGGCUUAAAUCGACGACAGAGGAGAAUGGCGAUUUCAGUUGCAAUUCUGGCGAAGACGUGGCGGCCGGUGAACUUUGAAGGGUUGGCGAUGACAACAGAGGACAACGGCGGAGGGAGUGGGAAGACAACUUUUCUUCAUCGUCUAGUGUGCCACACACAUGCUUCAAAUAUCAGGGGUUAUGUAAUGAAUCUCGAUCCUGCUGUAAUGACGCUACCUUUUGGUGCUAAUAUUGAUAUAAGAGAUACCGUGCGAUACAAGGAAGUGAUGAAACAAUUCAAUCUUGGGCCUAAUGGAGGAAUUUUGACGUCACUUAACUUGUUUGCCACCAAAUUUGAUGAGGUAAUUUCAGUGAUUGAAAAGCGAGCAGAUCAGCUUGAUUAUGUCCUUGUCGAUACUCCUGGUCAAAUCGAGAUAUUCACAUGGUCUGCUUCUGGGGCCAUCAUCACUGAGGCUUUUGCUUCCACCUUUCCCACUGUAAUUGCUUAUGUUGUUGAUACACCUCGUUCAUCUAAUCCAGUCACAUUCAUGAGCAACAUGCUUUAUGCCUGUUCUAUCCUCUACAAGACAAGGCUGCCAGUUGUGUUGGUUUUCAAUAAAACCGAUGUGGCAAAACACGAGUUUGCUUUGGAGUGGAUGGAAGAUUUUGAAGCAUUUCAAGCUGCCGUCAGUUCUGAUAGUUCAUACACCUCCACGUUAAGUCAGAGUCUUUCCCUUGUGCUGGAUGAGUUCUAUAAGAACUUAAAAUGCGUUGGAGUUUCAGCAGUUUCUGGCGCCGGAAUGGAUUCUUUCUUUAAAGCAAUUGAAUCCAGUGCGGAGGAGUACAUGGAAAACUACAAGGCAGAGCUUGACAAGAGAGUUGCCGAAAAGCAGCGAUUAGAGGAAGAGCGCAGACGGGAAAACAUGGAGAAGUUGAGGAGAGAUAUGGAGAGCUCCAAGGGACAAACAGUGGUUUUGAGCACCGGUUUGAAGGACGACAAGAGUAAAACUAAGAUGGUUGACAAUGAUGAUGUAGAGAUUGACGAAGAAGAUGAAGACGAUGAUGAUUACGAUAGAUUUACCGAAGAGGAUGAUGCAAUCGAUGAGGAUGAAGAUGAAGAGGUUGCUAGAUUCUCCUUUUAGUAGUGGAGAAGGAAAAUGAAACUGUGUAUAGGUUUUACGGAGGAACUAAGUCACCCAUUCACUCCAAAUACAAGUCUCGGCCAUUGUUUUUCUGACAUUAUGACAAGGUUUGCUUAUUGGAGGCUCUUAUGAUAUUGCAUUUUGAUGAUGGUCCUUGUCAUCUAUAGGAGCUUUGGUUUGAAAGCUGGCUUUCCCAUGUCCUUGUAAUGUUGUACAUUUUGAUGGUCUAUGAUUCCCUGUUUAUGAUGGCUAAUAGAAAAUCAAAAAUUUGAAAA